AUGUCUUACUACCUUGACAUAGUAAAGCAAAAAGAUAAAGGCAUCUUUAUCACACACGAAGGUUAUGCUAAGGAAGUGAUCAAGAAGUUCAAGAUGGAUGAUUUUAAUCCAGUCAAUACACCCAUGGAAUGUGGAAUCCAACUGUCACGUUGUGAGGAAGGAGAAAGAGUUUAUCUAACACUCUUUAAAAGCUUAGCUAGAAGUUUGCGAUAUUUAACAUGCACAAGGCUUGACAUUCUCUAUACAGUUGGAGUUAUCAAUCACUUUAUGGAAAAACCAAUAACCACACACUUGAAGGCAACAAAGAGGAUUCUUCGAUACAUUAAAGGUAUGAUAAACUACAACUUGUACUAUUUUGUGUCUGAUAAUUAUAAGCUCUUGGGAUACAGUGAUAGCGAUUGGAGUAGAGAUGUGGAUGACUACAAGAGUAUAACUGGUUUUGUAUUCUACAUGGGAGAUACUGCCUUCACAUGGAUGUCAAAGAAGCAACAGAUUGUUACUCUCUCAACAUGUGAAGCAAAAUAUGUGGUUGUUAUCUCAUGUAUUUGUCAUGCAAUUUGGUUGAGAAAUCUACUACUGGAGUUGGAACUCCCACAAGAGGAGCCAACCAAAACUUUUGUAGACAACAAGUCAACAAUUGCUUUGGCCAAGAACCCAGUCUUCUACAACCGGAGCAAGCACAUCGAUAUGCGGUACCAUUAUAUUAGAAAGUGCAUAAAAAAAGGAUGUGCAACUAGAGUAUGUGAAGACUCAUGA